AUGGCAAUUGGAAAAUUUAUUCUUACUCAUCCUAAUGGAAAUGAAAAAUAUUGGUAUGAGCCAUGCAAGAAAUAUUUCAAUUCACUCAAAUAUCCGCCAGAGGGUAAAGAUCCUUAUUCAGCUCGUUACAUUGGUUCAAUGGUUGCUGAUGUUCAUAGUACUCUGUUAUACGGUGGAAUCUUCGCAUAUCCAACUGACAAAAAAUCAAAAAAUGAAACAACUUUAGAUACUGGACCAAAAAUUACUUCAGAUAUUGGAGCAAGUUCAAAAUCAUUUUGUAAGCUUCUAUAUUCAAUUUCAAUUACUUCAGAUACUGGACCAAAUAAUAGAAAUGAUAGACAGGAUGAUGGGCAUCUUCUUGAGCCAUUUGACGAAGUUACAAGUUCUUUAAAACAUAGAAGAAAUUCAAAUCAUGAAAAUUUAGGUGAUUCAGAAUUUGACGAAACUAAUCAAAAAGUAAAUGAGGUUUAUAAUUAUCUUGAUGAAAAUAUCACAGAACAAGCAGGACAAUACUGA